AUGCCUAAGGGGCUUAGCUGUCCUCCAAAGAUCUUCAUUCUGCUGCGCUAUAACCCUCGCACACAUCGGAUCAAGGUGGCCGUCCUGAGGGCCGACAACCUGGAGAUGCUCGUCCGUACGUCGACCGCACCAGACUACCAAGUGGUGAUCAAGCUGCAUCACGACGGGCUUGUGAUCAGCAGCAGAGAAACAAAAGGAGCCUCGUUUGCUGUGUGGAACUCCUACUUCCUGUUUGACCUCCCUCCAGGAAACAUCAGUCAUUUACCACUCACGAGUCACGCGCGAUCACAAUGCAAAGUCCUCGGUCGAGUCCUCAUCGGUGCUGAGGCCGCAGAUGUGGGACGUGCUCACUGGAGGGACACGUGCAGUCUGCAAGGGGAGCGGUCGCGCUGGCACACAGUUCAACCAGAACCUUCGGAGAAACAUACCCAACUGAGCAAUAUGUACUGUAUAUGA